GUCAGCCAGUCAGCCAGCCCGUCCAAAGAGAAGAUGAUGGUUGACAGUCAUGCUUCUCUGCAUGUUUUCGAGCAGGCCGGGGAUGCUCAGGUUGGUGCCAUAGGCUGCUGGCCUGGCGAUGAUGAAACUGGUGCAUCUGGUGGGCCCUGUCCUGUCGUGUUCUCUCACCAGAGAGAAGCCAGAGAGAGAGAGGCACACACAAGAUGGGAUAGGACGGUUGAAUUGAUUACUUAUGGCGAUGACGGGGUGCACUCACGCGCCCACCGUCGCUCGUUACUCUUCCCAGCCCAAGAGAUGGCGAUGAGAUAA